AGUGAGCUUCAAACUUAGAUGACAGUAUUAACAUAUCUCUUUAUCUCUAGCAGGAAAGUGUGCUUUUAGUUUCUUUUAUGUCUUAAAUUUAACUAUGCAAAUAUGAAAAGUUAGAAAUACACUAGAGUGAAGUUUUCCUUUUGUUUUUCUCGGUUUUAACAUUUUUAAGACACAUUGAAGAACAACAGAUUCAAGUUCAAGCAGACAGAAUGAUGAUUCCUGAAGGGAUCCCUCCGCUUCUGCUUGUUCUUCUUAUGGGCUCCUUCACCGGCUCAAACAAUGAACUAAUAAAAGUGCCUGAGGAAACAGAACAAAUUGAUGAAGGAUCAUGUGUGACCAUCCACUGUUCUUACAAAAAAUCAGAGGAGAAAACAUAUACUCUCUUGUGGUUUAAAGAUCCAAAAUUUAAUGGAAUAUCAAAAAUGUUUGACGGGACUAUUUUAUACAGUAACACAGAAGAACGUCCCGAGUCGGCAGGUUACUCCAGCAGAGUGAAAUACAUCACUGAUGAAACAUCACAAGAAAACCAAAGAAACUGGAUCAAAUGUGAUUUAAGAAUCACCGAUCUUCAAACAAAAGAUAGUGGGAACUACAGUUUUAGAUUUAUUGUUUCCAGCAACAUGAAAUAUAUGAGUACAGCUAUGAAUCUCAAAGUUACAGGCAAUCCUUGCAAGGUGCACAUUGAAUCAUCAGAGCUGAAGAAUCCAGUCAGUGAGUCAGACAAAUUCACUGUUCGCUGUUCCACAUUUGGUUCCUGUGAUUUUCAUCCUGAGUGGCUCGUCCAUACAUCAGGACAAAAGCAAGAAUGGACGUCCUCCUCGUCGACUGAUAUGAUUAUAGAGACUGAAGAAGAUAAAGAAGGCAGAAAGAUCACCAAAUUGAAGCUCAGUGUGACAUGGAAGGAUGACAGAAGGAUUCUGUCUUGUCGUCCAGCGAAAAGUGAGGACAGCUGCCAGAUCAGGAAUAUCACACUGUCUGUGGAAUAUGCACCUAAAGAGGUAAAAGCAACAGUGAGCUCUGAGGAUGUGAAGGAGGGGGAUUCUGUCACUCUCUCCUGCACCAGCAGAGGUCAGCCUGAUGUCAGCUUCUCAUGGUUCAAAAAAGAGAGAAUAGAGAAGUCUCAACAAAUGUCUGACUUGAAACUAAAUAAUGUGAAACCAAAAGACAGUGGAGAAUAUUACUGUGAAGCUGAAAACAAGCAUGGGGCAGAGGAAUCAAAUAUCAUUACAAUUGAUGUGAAGUAUGGUCCAGAGGGUGUCAAAGUGCAACCUGUUAACAUUAAAGAUCUCAAAGAGGGAGAUGAACUGACACUCAAGUGUUUAGUCCCGAGAGGUAACCCAGCAGUCUAUCAGUUCAUGUGGUACAAAAAUUCCCAAGACCAGAGUGAAACCAGCGAGACAUUCACCAUCAGUAAAGUUACUGAAGAGGACAGAGGAUCUUACCAUUGCCAGGCCGAUAACGGGAUCAGAACAGCAACAUCAGAUAUCCUCGAAGUAUCUGUAAAGUAUGCACCCAAAAAUGUGACUGUAAGUGUUAAAGGAGAACAAACAUUUGGGAGUGAGCUGACCCUUACAUGUGAGGCUCGCUGCGAUCCUGCUCCAUCCUCAUAUGAGUGGAAGAAAGACUUCAAUGGACAGUUAAAGACAAUUGAACAGAAACAUGAACAGAGACUAAACUUUCUUUCUCUGGAAAUCUCUGACUCUGGUCAAUAUGCCUGUAUUGCUCAAAACUCCAUUGGAAAAACAGAAUCUCCAUUAGUAGAGAUCAAGGUGAAACAUGUUCCAAUCAUAAAAAUUGUCCACAACAUGACAACAUUAACUCAGUGGAAUUGGGAGUUUCCAGUCUCUCUGACCUGCAGUGCAGAUGCAUAUCCUCCUGCCACGGACUACAACUGGUACAGAGAGGAGGACAACGUGACCGUACUGUCAGAACAUCAGAACUUCACUGUUCAGCCUCAGAACCCAGGAAUGUAUUACUGUAUAGCAGCCAAUGAUAUCGGAGAAUCACGAUCCGAAAACAUCAUGUUAUUUAUUGGCAGUAACUCUCUUAUGGUGUGCUACCAGAUUACUUUACCCAUCAUCCUCCUGUUGAUUCUCAUUGUUGUGGCCCUCUUUCUGAUACGCAGGACUAUCAUCAAGGCAAGAUCAUGUCAGCAAAGUGGAACAGAUAAUCCUUUGUGCUUUUUUCCUGUAAUCCUGUCACGCUCUUCUACAGUGACAAACUUACUUUUAUUGGGAUCACGUAAUAAUACCCAGGAGAAUCUGCCAGUGGAGGGCAUUCCUGAUUCAGGUUAUGGAAGAGUUAAUCAAACACGCCCAACACCCAAUUCCCAAGAUCCCACUCGAGCACAGGACCCUGAUCCAAAGCCGAAAUGUAAUAUCCAUACGGUGUAUGCUGCUAUCAAACUGCCUCAAAUGAAACAGAGAACACAUUCCCCAAAACAACAAAAAACUGGAUGUAUGGGCAGUGGCGCAGCUACAUCUACCCUAAAUUAUGCCACUUUUGAUUUCAAGGGGCAAAAUGAGCCAGAAAAAAGAGUACCUGAAGGUUCAGCAGUCUACGCAAUGGUGUCAAAAAAUAAGCAGAAAAUGAAUUCCCAAUCAGAAAAUCCAGAUUAUGAAAAUGUUUCUUCUGCAUGUGUGCAAAAUCCUCCAUUCCCAAAUAUGGAUGGUGAAUCUGAUACCAGUGAAGAAGAUGAAGUGAAUUACUCCACUGUGUCUGCUGUUAACGAACCCAGACAUAAGCAGAAGAGCUCAAGCUCAAGCAGUUCAAGCUCUGAUGAUGAGAACAGAACUGAAUAUUCCACCAUUAAAACAUAAACACAAGGAGUUUCCAAUUUAAGAUUAAAACUAAGUAUUAUAUCCUUAAUCUUUAUAGUUAUAAUAUUAGUCUAUAUAAUGUUGUUUGAAAGUGAAAAUUUUAUAUAAAUAAUGAUUCUAUAAGUGUGCCUUCUACUCCUUCACUUUUUAUUUUUACAGAGAGUUGCUGUUUCAUUAAUAUACUAUUGAUAAAAUAAUAGUAAUAUUUUUUUAGAAAUACUAUUUCAUUAUGCAUCAAUGAACCAUAUGUUUGUGUGAUCAAUUCUUGAGUGAAAAAAAGCCUGAAAAUGUAGUUUAACUACAUUGCGUGAAAUGCAGCAACAUUGCUUUGUAUUUUAAACAUUUGCAUUCUGUACUGCUGAACUGCCAAGCUGAGAACAUUUAACUGCUUGCAUAAAACUGUGAAUAAUUGUUUACAAAUAAAAUAAUUUAAUAUGAAACUUUAAUUGGACA